AGGGAGAGACGCUAACGCUUGGAGGCUACUGAAAAGCAGGCUUCAAAAACGAUUCACAAAACCACCCUCAGGAUCUUCCUAAAAAGGUUUCAGGGAAGGAAAGAUAUAUCACCAUGGUUGUUCUAAGACAGGGAGAUUAUGUUUGGCUGGACUGCGGCUCCGGGGUACUGAUUGGAGCGGAGGUGAAGCUCUCUGAUACUGGACAGAUGCUGCUGGUCGACGAUGAAGGAAAGGAACGCUGGGUCAACUCCAAAACUCAAAGCUCCAUUAAGCCAAUGCACCCAACUUCAAUUCGUGGAGUUGACGAUAUGAUCCGCUUGGGAGACCUCAACGAAGCUGGGAUUCUGAGGAAUCUCAUGAUCCGGCACAAGGAGAACACCAUCUAUACAUACACAGGCUCUAUCCUGGUGGCAGUGAAUCCCUACCAGCUGCUGCCCCUGUACACUGCAGAGCAGGUACGCCUCUACACCAACAAGCGGCUGGGAGAGCUGCCCCCCCACAUCUUCUCCAUCGCAGACAGCUGCUACUUCAACAUGCGACGCCACCGCAAGGACCAGUGCUGCAUCAUCAGCGGGGAGUCAGGAGCUGGGAAGACAGAGAGCACUAAACUGAUGCUGCAGUUCCUGGCAGCUGUCAGUGGCCAGCAUUCCUGGAUCGAGCAACAGGUCCUUGAAGCAAACCCCAUCCUGGAGGCUUUUGGGAAUGCGAAGACCAUCCGGAAUGAUAACUCCAGUCGCUUUGGGAAGUACGUUGAUAUCUACUUCAACAAGAAUGGAGCAAUUGAGGGGGCCCGAGUGGAUCAGUACCUCCUUGAAAAGUCUCGUGUCUGUCACCAGGCCCCACAGGAGAGGAACUAUCACAUCUUCUACUGCAUGCUGAUGGGGAUGAAUGAGGAGCAGAAGACAACCCUGUCCCUAGGAACAGCAGCCGAAUACCACUACUUAAUUAUGGGUGACUGCACAUUCUGUGAGGGACGGGAUGAUAUAAAGGAGUAUGCCCACAUCCGCUCGGCCAUGAAGAUCCUGAUGUUCAAAGAUUCAGACCACUGGGACAUCAUGAAGCUGCUGGCAGCCAUACUGCACCUGGGCAACCUGAACUUUGAAGCUACUGUCUAUGAUACUAUGGAUAGCUGUGAUGUGCUGUCAUCUCCCCAUCUCGCCAUAGCCUCAAAGUUACUGGAGGUGGAAGCAAAAGAGCUUGAAGACAGCCUGACCAAGCGGUCCAUGGUGAUCCGUGGGGAGAGCGUCUCCACUCCACUCAGCUUCAAACAGGCCAAGGACAGCAGGGAUGCCUUCGUCAAGGCGAUUUACGGCAGGUUGUUUGUGUGGAUUGUGAAUAAAAUCAAUGAUGCCAUUUACAAACCCCCCUCUGCGGACCCCAGAAACAUCCGCCGGUCCAUAGGCCUGCUGGACAUCUUUGGGUUUGAGAACUUCAAAACAAACAGUUUCGAGCAGCUGUGUAUAAACUUUGCCAAUGAGCAGCUGCAGCAGUUCUUUGUGAAGCAUGUGUUCAAGCUGGAGCAGGAGGAGUACUCCCACGAGGACAUUGGCUGGCAGCACAUCGAUUUCAAUGACAACCAGCGUGCCCUGGAUGUGCUGGCCGUCAAGCCCCUCAAUGUGAUUGCACUCAUUGAAGAGGAGAGCCACUUCCCCAAGGGUACUGACAUCACCAUGCUGAACAAGAUGAACUCACAUCACAGCAAGAGUAACAUCUACCUGCCCCCCAAGAGCUCCCACGAAACCACGUUUGGCAUCAAGCAUUUCGCUGGGAUUGUGUACUAUGAAGCCAAAGGUUUCCUGGAGAAAAACCGUGACACAUUAAAUUCUGACUUCAUCCAACUUGUGCACAAGUCCUCCAACAAACUCCUCAAACAGACCUUUGAGAUAGAACUAGAGUCCACCACGCUCAAGACCAGCAACCCCAGAAUCCACACUCCUCCGAGCUCUUUGAAGGCCAGAAUCUACACUCCUCCCUCUCUUAAGGCCUCAGAUCCCCGGAAGCGGGUGCCCACUCUGAGCGGUCAGUUCCGCCAGUCUCUGGAGUCCCUGAUGAAGACCCUGACUGUCUGCCAGCCCUACUUCAUCCGCUGCAUCAAACCCAACGACUUCAAGAAGGCACUGAUUUUUGACCGAGACCUGUGUAUCCGCCAGUUGAGAUAUUCCGGGAUGAUGGAGACUAUCCGUAUCAGGAAAUCCGGGUAUCCUAUACGCUACACCUUCUCAGAAUUCAUGGAUAGGUACCGUGUUCUGAUGCCAACUGACAUCUGCAACCCAAAACAGAUCCAGGAAGACCCUGAGCAGUGCUGCUGCUACAUCGCAGAAGCAGUCAUUGGCCCAGAAGGAGACUGGAAAAUUGGGAAAACCAAGAUCUUUCUAAAGGAUUUUCACGACAUGACGUUGGAGUUAGGGAGAGACAAGGCCCUCAAUGAAAAAGCCCUCCUCAUUCAGAGAGUCCUUCGAGGCUUCAAACACAGGAAGCAGUUUCUAAGGCAGAGGAAGUCAGCUGUGGUUAUGCAGAGUGCAUGGCGAGGCUACUGGUGCAGGAAACAUUACAGAGUGGUCCAGCUUGGGUUUGCCCGACUUCAGGCAAAGUGCCGUAGUCGCCACAUCGCUCACCGCUACCAGAAAACGCGGAGCUUCGUGAUGCUGUUCCAGGCCCAUUGCCGCGGUUACCUGCUACGCCGGGAGAAGUUUAAGAAGCUGCAGGCAGUCAAGCUGCUGCAGGCACACACUCGGGGCAUGCUGGCCAGGCAAGCAGUCACCAGGCUGAAGAGAGAGAUACAUCUCUCUGCCCGGGAGAAGGCAGCCCAGGAGGUUGAGAGAAGACGUCAACAGGAAGCCAUCCUCCAAAAAAAAAGGGAGGCCAGCUCUCUCUCAGAUUCCAUCAGUGACCAGGAAAUGGUGGACAACAUCUUCGGUUUCCUACCCAGUAUGGUGGGGGGGCAGGAAGGGAAUGCUCCUGCCGGCUUUGAGGACCUGGAGGAGAAGCGGGCCGUUCUACAAGAAGUAGACCUGGAUGAACUCCCCAUAGAGGCCCCCCCUGAAGAGGAGCUGGAUGAACGGGAGCUGGAGGAAUACUCCUUCUCCAAGUUUGCAGCAAUGUACUUCCAGGGCUCUGCCACGCACACCCACAUCAGGAAUCGACUACGCCACCCCCUGCUUUACCAUGAAGAUGAAAGCGAUGCUCUGGCCUCUCUGGCAGUGUGGUGGGUAAUCCUGCGCUUUAUGGGCGACAUUCCCGAGCCUCGAGUCUACGUUAAGGAGCAGCAGGGUCCAGUCGAGAGUGAGAUCCCGCAGAACCAGGGCCAGCGACAAGGGCGCCGCCUCAGCACCCUGGCAGGGUUAGAGCAGAAACUACUAAAAAGAAAGAAACACUCCAAGCCUGGAGCUGGGACCCUGAAGAAGAUCCCUGCAAUCCCUGAAGAGAGAGAGGUGCCUGUACGGUCAAAGGAAGAAGAUGUGUUUAUUGGAGAGGGCCCCCUCUUAGACAAGCCAAUGUCAGCCCUGGAGAAGCUGCAUUUCAUUGUUGGGAAUGCCAUCCUGAGGCCAGAUAUCAGGGAUGAGAUCUACAGCCAGAUCUGUAAGCAGCUCUCAGAGAAUGGGAGUCGGAACAGUUAUUACCGGGGAUGGAUCCUGCUGUCCAUCUGUCUCGGCAUCUUCCCACCCACGGAGCGUUUUAGCAAGUUCCUCAAUAACUUCAUCAGGAUUGGGCCGGUGGGGUACGCCCCCUAUUGCGUGGAGAGGCUGCGCCGAACCACAGCUAACGGGGUUCGCUGCGAGCCGCCGAGCUGGCUGGAGCUACAGGCGACCAAGACAAAGAAACCAAUGACAGUGUCUGUGACUCUGAUGGAUGGCCGGAACCUCAGUGUGCCCCUGGACUCUGCGUCCACUGCAGCAGAGGUCUGCCAGUCCCUGGCCAAGAAAAUCAAUUUGCAUGAUAUCUUUGGAUUCUCAAUCUACAUAGCACUCUAUGAAAAGGUGUGGUCGCUAGGCGGUGGCAAAGACCAUAUUCUAGAUGCCAUUUCACAGUGUGAGCAGGUGGUAAAGGGACAGGGGGGGCAGGAGCAGCACGCCCCUUGGCGUCUCUACUUCCGCAAGGAGAUCUUUGUGCCUUGGCACGACUGCAGACUGGACAUGGUCAGCACUGACCUCAUCUACAGGCAGAUCAUUCGGGGCCUCAAGUUCGGAGAGUACACCUGUGAAAAGGAUGAUGAUGUGGUCCAGCUGGCUGCAAAGCACUAUUACAUCCAGUAUAAGACUAACAACUUGGAGGAGAACUCCAGGAGGGUGGUCCAGGAUUGCAUCACUAACACACAAUUGGAAGCCAAAUCCGAGUCCAAAUGGAUACAGAUGGUUAGCGCUGCACACAGCAAGGGUCCCUUUAUUCAAGCAAAGAUUGAUCCUGGCAUUGUUAAAUGCGAGUUAGUGGAUUUUGCUCGCAAUACUUGGCAUCUGCUAUUCUCCAGGUUCUUUGAAGUUUCCAAAUUUGCAGGUCCCCCUUUACCCAAAAACAAAUUCAUCAUUGUGAUUAACUGGAAAGGAAUAUCCUUCAUCGAUGAAAAGGAGAAGAGACUCUUGGAUCUCUCCUACCCAGAGGUGACAGGGAUCAGCACAAGCAGUGCUGCCAAGGCAUAUGGGCAGAGUGUCUCUCUGAGCACGUUGAGAGGGGAAGACUACGUCCUCACUUCCGCCAACACCGUGGACAUUACUGAUCUGAUACUCAAUUUCCUGAAGGGACUGAAAGAGAGGUCGCAAUAUGCAGUGGCACUGCAGGACAUCGGCAAACAGGAUGACGCCACCUUCCUCAGCUGUAAGAAAGGGGACCUCAUUGUGCUGUUGAAGGAUAAAGACUUUGCUACAGACCGCGGCUGGGUCAAAGGUCAGAAUGACCGCACAAACCAGAUUGGCGCCAUCGCCACUGACAGCGUCUUUAUCCUCCCUACCCUGGAAAAGCCCUCCGAAGAAGUGCUGAAUCUGAUUACACUCUCUCCAGAGCAAAGAAAAUCAAUCGCACAGAACCUCCAGAAGGAAACUGCAGCGGCCGAACCCCGAAUCGCACCCUACUCUCUCAAAGAGUACUCCUAUGAGCAUUUCAGGUCCUCCCAGAAGGAUACGGUUAGCGGGGCUGCAUUCUCAAAGAUGAGUGGGAAGGAGAAGCUGUGGGCAUGCUCCCGGGAGCCUAUCAAACAGCCCCUGCUGCAGAGACUAGCUGGGGAAACAGAACUGUGCCACCAGGCCUGCCUCACGUAUAUAGCUAUUUUGAAGUAUAUGGGCGAUUACCCCACCAAGCAUGCCCGAUAUCCCCUAGAGCUCACUGAUCAAAUAUUUGGACCAGCCACACAGUUAGAGGACCUGAGAGACGAGGUCUACUGCCAAAUCCUAAAACAGAUGACUGACAACAGCAACAGGUACAGCCUGGAGAACGGCUGGCAGCUAAUGUGGAUGUGCUGCGGUUUGUUUACCCCGAGCCCGGUCCUGAUGAAACACACCCAGCGCUUCCUGGAGUCCCGACGCCGGGAGCCCCUGGCUGCUGACUGCCUCCAGCGCCUGCAGGUGGCCCUCAGGAUGGGGGCUAGGAAGCUGCCCCCCCACCAGGUGGAGGUAGAUGCCAUCCAGCAGAUGAGCACCCAGAUAUUCCACAAAGUGCACUUCCCCAACGACACAGAGGAGAUCUUCGAGGUGGGAUCAAGCACCAGGAUUCGUGAUCUCUGCCAGAGCAUUGCUAUGCACCUCAAACUCAUAUCAGCAGAGGGUUUCAGCCUCUUCCUGAAAACACCAGACAAGGUGCUAAGUUUGAAUGACGGGGAUUUCUUCUUUGACAGCCUGAGACAGAUUACAGACUGGACCAAGAAAGCUAAAAGAGUUAAAGAUAACACGCCUGGGACUGUGAACUAUGUGGUGUUUUUCAUGAGGAAGCUCUGGUUCAAUGUGUUACCAGGAAGAGACUUACAAGCAGACAUCAUCUUCCAUUACCCACAGGAGCUGCCCAAAUACCUGCGCGGAUACCACAAGUGUGCCAAGGAAGAUGUCAUCACCCUGGCAGGACUCGUCUUUAAAAUCAAGUUCAACAGUGACAAGUCCUAUUUUGUGACGAUCCCCAAGAUUCUGAAGGACCUGGUUCCUGUAGACCAUCUCAAACUGAUGUCUACAGAAGAAUGGAAGAAGAAUAUCAUUGCUUCCUACAACAAGUAUGCUGGCAAGACAGUGGAUGAAGCUAAACUGUCAUUCCUAAAGAUCAUUCACCGAUGGCCCACAUUUGGAUGCGCUUUCUUCGAAGUGAAGCAAACUUCCGAGCCUACAUUCCCAGAUAUCGUCAUGAUUGCGAUAAGCAAGCAGGGAGUAACUCUCAUCCAUCCCAAAACUAAGGAUGUGCUGGCUAAUUACCCAUUCAACAGAAUAGCCAACUGGUGCAGCGGCAGUACCUACUUCCACAUGACCAUUGGCAGCCUUGUCAAGGGGAAUAAGAUUCUCUGUGAGACUUCUCUGGGUUACAAAAUGGAUGACCUUCUGACCUCAUACGUCAAUUUGUACCUGAAUGCUGUCAACAAGCAGAGGAAUUCCCGCCUCCCAGUCUGAACAGAUGGACAACCAGCCAGUAACAGCUAGUGCCUUGCAUUUACAUUGGCCUCUUCUACCCUCUCCCCCAACACACACGCUAAGGCAGUCAGGAAAACAACAUACAAACACAAAAAUGGACUGAGACAUACAGUAGAAUAAACACACACAGUACAAAGUCAGACACACACAAAAUAUGUACGUUUGUUUCUGCCAUUUGUCCUAUAGUAUAAACCAUACAUGGUUCGAUAUCAUAGGAGCUCGUUUUGAGUUGAGUAUAAGACCACAUAUACAGAACAAACACACGUACACGUCCUUCUAAAAACUCUAAGAAUCUGGCAGUCAUAUUUAAACAUAAAUUAACAUGAGUUGUAUGAGAUUAAUCACUGGUUUUAAUCCAAUCAUUUUUAUUUAAUUAUUUAUUUUUAUUAAAGAUCAGUUUGAAAAGCAUAAAUGUAUUUAGAACAUAUAUUGUCCUGUUUUUAGAACUGCAUUUUAAUGUUAGAAAUCUUUUUUUCUACCAUUCCAUAUUGCACUGGAUUAAUGGAACGUAAAAAAUAAAUCAUUUAAAAGUCAAGAUUAAAACCACUAGUUUCCCAAUACCUACAUAUUUACAACUAGUCAGUAUAAUCCUGAGUAAGUAUUUAAGAAACCAUGUAUGGUUUUUAUUAGUGUAUUGUGAUAUCCAUUAUAGUGCAUUCACCACUGUAGCAAGUUCCAGGUCUUAAGAUAUUUGAGAUUUGACAGUUAACAAAUAUAUCUCUUAUAUAUCUGUUCUGCAUUCAGCAAAAAUCAAUUAUUUUAAUUUAUUGCAUUGUCCUGUAGUCAAAUAUAUUUGAACAUAUUUCUUUAAUAAAUAAUCAACAAACA